ACGCGCCGUGACGUCACGGCAGAGCCUGCGGCGGGAUGCGAGUGGCCGAGGUGCUCCCGAGGCCCCGCCCCGGAAGUGGCGCGCGGCGCAAGGAGACGUGUCGGUAGCGGCGGGACCGGCAGCGCUUCCCAGCCAGGCUUGGGGCCGGUGGUACUGGUGGGCUGUGAGCACAUCCCCCCGGCAGGAUGAUCACAGACGUGCAGCUCGCCAUUUUUGCCAACAUGCUGGGCGUGUCGCUCUUCCUCCUUGUUGUCCUCUACCACUAUGUGGCCGUCAACAACCCCAAGAAGCAGGAGUGAGGUGACAUGAGGGCUGAGCUGCACCGCCCCGUGACACAGUGGCCAUGGAGGAGCAGGGACCGUCCAAGCACAGCCUGGAGCCCUGCAGGAUCACUGUGGUGCUGCAGUGAGGCAGGACGCUGAGCUUCUUCCAAACCAACUU